GAACCAGAAUUAUUUAGUAUAAUUAUACAUACAAAAUAAAUGUUUAAUCAUUACCACCUUAAAAUUACAAAAAGAUAAUUGUGGUGAGAUGUCUCCUUUUAAUUAUUUUUUUCAAAGAAAUGAUUGCAGGGACAGCAUACCUGUGUAACACUUUAGAUUUAUUUAUUUUUUUUACCUAAUCAGUACUAAAACUAACUACACAAAUGUGUAUAAACUAAAUUAUUUACAUUAGACUGUGCAGGCUAUAGAGCAUCCCACAGUCUUCUGUUACACCUUUUUAAUGCAUGUCAUCUUCACUUCUGAUUGGCCAGCUCAUUCUCAUCCCCAGCUCUUAUUGGCCAGCUCUUCUGAGGAGGCAGGGUUAGGUUAAUGUAUCUGAGAUGCCUUUAAGAAAAUCUCCGUAUAGUCAGCCUAAACACAAGAAACAGAAGAGAUUGCAGAGUUUAGAUUUAAAAAGAGAAAUCAGGAUUCAAACAGAGAAAACAGAUGGCAAGCCAUGGAGGAAUCAAGGGGCUGCUGCUUUUGCUUGGAAUAGUCUCACAGGUAGAGUUAUGUCACAUUUUAUUGAUUCACUUUUUAUUUCCCUUUAUUUAGAAAUUAUGUACGCCAUAACAUGCAGCAAAGAACGAUGUGGCAAUAAGGGAAACGAUACUACUUUAAAAUAAAAUAAUCAUUUUCUAUGAUUCUGUCAUGCACUCAUACUUUCCUUUUGAAAUGCAAUGCAGUUAUGAAAACGAUUCGGAAUUAAAAAAAAAAAAAUGUGCAAAUUAUACGAAUGUUUACAAUCUAAUAAAAGUCUUUGUGAAUUGUUUCAUUUACAGGCAUCAGGUACUGCUCAUCUGGAUCAAAUUCACAGCAGCACAAUGACCGUGAGUGUUUUUACGGUGACAUCAAAGAGCACAGUAUUGCGCUGGAGCAAAUAUGAAGGUGCAUUGUCCUACAGAGUAACAGCUUCUCUCAGAAACUCUCAAGUCCCUGUGGUCUUUGCCAGCUUUGGACAAAACACUAUUAUGGGCUCCGUCAAUUCUCUGAAUCCCAACACUGCGUACACCUUUCGUGUCGAGGCCCUGGGCAGCAACAUGAACAUGCUGACAGAUGCUACUGUGGAUGGAUUGACUGCUCCUGAUGUGCCCACCAUUGUGAUGGCCUCCUCUAAAGAAAGCCAGAGCAUCACUGUGGAAUUCCCUACGGUCUCCGGUGCCACUUCCUACAUCCUGCGCACUGAGACAGAUGAUGGAUCAUUCUUCUCAGAGAUCCCAGUACCUGGCUCUCCGGGGACUGUCACCAACCUACAGCCAUACACAGACUACAUUCUCAGUGUCAUGUCCGUCAACAGCGCAGGCAGAAGCCAGCCUUCCCUCCCCGUGGAGGCUAAGACAGUCCUUUCUGCUCCUCUGUUCAACACCAGCUCUCCCAGCAACAGCAGCAUCCUGGUGAAGUGGGAGCCAGUGAAUCACGCUGUCCUCUACAGUCUCAGCAUCAUCAAGGAAGGCUCAUACAGCCGAAGUCCCCUCAACACCACCGAAACUCAGGUUCACCUUCCAGACCUGGAAGCAGGAACCAAAUACUGUAUUAAAGGAAAUGCCUGGAGUCCUGACAACAUUCCCGGAGAUGACUUCACAGUUUGCCAGAUCACACGUUCUCCCACUCCUCAGUCCAUUGAGCUGGUGGUGACAAGCACCCCUGAUGCUGGUAUUGUGGUGUCAUGGGGCCCAUCUAAGGGUGCAGAGCAGUAUGUUGCCAUGAGCUUGACCGGACAGAACUGCUCAUCAUCUAGUAACUCCUGCAUCCUGGUUCCUCUGAGCUGUGGAGAGACAAACACUGUCACAGUGAUCGCUAUCAACCAGGCCGGAAACAGUGCCCCCUCUUACCCAGUACAGAUUAUUUCAUUCCCUUGUCCCCCACAGCCCAUCUGGGUGGAGGAAUUGGUGCCUGGCAACUGUUCUGUGAAGUGGAGCGCUGUCCCUCAAGCAGAGUACUACACCACAUUUAUUAAAAGUGACGAUGGCAUCGAGGGGAUGUGCAACUCGACCAAGCUAUACUGUCAGUUUAACUGCCAGUGCGGAUACUCUUACAUCAUGAGUGUGUUUGCACACAACCAUGCUGGACCCAGUCCCCCAGGACCUCUGCUCAACCACACCACCUUGCCUUGCUGUCCAGCACUCACAACGGUUUCUGCAGCUUCUUGGGAGACACUGAUGAUGGAGUGGUCUCCCGUGCGUGGUGCAGAUCUGUAUGAGACCCGUGCUGUGGAUGCAAAUGAAGUGAUUCUGUGUAAUGACACGGCGCCCAGGUGUGCCCUCUCUGACCUCAAUUGCAACAGUUUGUACAGUGUAGUCGUCAUACCUUGCAACGACAUAAGUGGCUGCAACCUCACCUGCAGUCCACAAACGCAUGAAACAGCUCCAUGCAUGCCAGUGAUCACCGGUGUGAGCCAGAUUAACACAUCCAGUUCUAGUGUGCUGGUUAGCUGGACUUCUGAUAACACAGCUGCCAACUACACCGUCAGUGUGAUUGGCUCAGUGGGUGACAUACACGUCUGUCACUCAAACGGCACCUCCUGUCUGGUGUCCAACCUGCCCUGUGGGUCCGUCUAUGAAGUCAGUACCAUCGCAUCAACUUCAGCUGGAGAGAGCAUUCCCAGUUUCACCAUUCCCCUGGAAACAGCACCUUGCUGUCCAGACAAUCUCACGGUGAGCCAUGUGACCCAGGCUAUGACAAAUGUGACCUGGUCGCCCGCUAUCGGCGCCCAGACCUACAUUGCCUCUCUGUCUUCACCACGCGGCCAUGCGCAGUGUCACACUAUGGAAACAGAAUGUGUGAUGGGAUGCAUCACUUGUGGCAAUAACUAUACGGUCUCACUGGAAGCCAUCAGUCGCACCGGGCACAAGGCGGAGUGCACCUAUCACGGAUUCUCUGCCAGUGACUGCUGUCCCUCAGGCAUCCGUCUCUAUAGAGGAAGCAAUAACACGCUGAUUGUGCGCUGGAGGUCCAGCAGUGCCCUCUCCCAAUACACAGCAGAAGUCACCGGAAGCAGCAAGACUCACGCGUGCAGCCCAGAGCCCGGCAUCUACACAUGCACAGUGUCAGAGAUCGUGUGCGGUCAGGUCUACACAGUGGUCGUCGCCCCACUGAAACCAGACGGAAGCAAGGUCCAGUUCUGUAACAGCAGGCUGUAUUCAGUCACAUGUGUGGGCAGCAAUGUUGGACUCGUACUCUAUCAAGGAAAAAGAUAAUGAUGGGAUGGAUGUCCUUCAAACACUGAGCUUCUGGUAACAUUGGACAACUGGAUCCUUCAAAAAAAAAAAAAAAAAGUCCCCAAACCAGGAAAGAAAAUGAAUGCUUUACAACUAAAUCAUU